GGGGCCGGGCGGUGGCGGCGCUGCGGUUGCGCCAUCUGUCAGGAGCCCCGGUGGGAGGGGAGGGAGCGCCCGAGCUGCGCUCGCUCGGGCGUGAGUGGAGGCGAAGCAGCAGCAGCGAGGAGAGCCCGUGCGAGCUCAUCCCUGCCCAGGCUGCGGCUCCGACGCCGCACGAAGCCACCGCCUCCGCGCCCGGCCGGGGCUCGGAGCAGCGCGUCUGCCCGCGGAGAGAGGCAGCAGCGCCCGGAGCGUCGCCCCUCGCUGCGGGCGAGCGGGCAGGCGGGGGCAGCCGGCGGAGGAGCGGAGCGAGGAGGAUGUGAGUACGGCGGCGCCGCCCCGGCCCCGCGCUGCGCUGAGCCGAGCCGAACUGCCUCAGGGCGUCAGAAGACGUGGAAGAAAAGGGUAGAUGAAAGGGAAGGCUCAAGGAUCCAAGGCAUGUUUUCAAGCCAUUUCUGAGGAAAUGUGGUAAAUCUGAACUUGCUCUCUUUGGGGGGGAAAUUCUGCUCAAGCUUGCAUUAGCCCUUUUGGCCACAGCCUUGCGUGGGGAAUUCAUGUCAAGCUGAUUGCCUCCCAGGACCCCCGGUCUGAUAUUCAGUUUCUGCUUUGGAGGAUAGAGUCCUCUCUCUCCCUCUCAUCCUGAUUUUAGAUAAUGGGCUGUGUGCAAUGUAAGGACAAAGAAGCAACAAAACUGACUGAUGAGAGGGAUGGCAGUUUAACUCAAAGCUCAGGCUACCGCUAUGGGACAGAUCCCACUCCGCAGCACUAUCCUAGCUUUGGUGUGACUUCAAUCCCAAACUACAACAACUUCCAUGCCACAGGAGGCCAAGGACUGACUGUGUUUGGUGGAGUCAAUUCCUCCUCUCAUACAGGGACACUGCGUACAAGAGGAGGGACAGGUGUAACUCUUUUUGUGGCGCUUUAUGACUAUGAAGCAAGAACAGAAGAUGACUUGAGUUUUCACAAAGGAGAAAAAUUUCAAAUACUUAACAGCUCGGAAGGAGACUGGUGGGAGGCCCGGUCCUUGACAACAGGCGAAACUGGUUACAUUCCCAGUAAUUAUGUGGCUCCAGUUGAUUCCAUCCAAGCAGAGGAGUGGUACUUCGGCAAACUUGGCCGAAAAGAUGCUGAGAGGCAGCUGUUGUCAUUUGGAAAUCCCAGAGGUACCUUCCUAAUCCGGGAAAGCGAAACUACCAAAGGUGCCUAUUCCCUGUCUAUUCGAGACUGGGAUGAUAUGAAAGGAGAUCAUGUCAAACAUUAUAAGAUUCGUAAACUUGACAAUGGUGGAUAUUAUAUCACAACUCGGGCACAAUUUGAAACUCUUCAGCAGCUGGUUCAGCAUUAUUCAGAGAAAGCUGAUGGUUUGUGUUUUAACUUAACUGUGAUUGCUACGAAUAAUACUCCACAAACUGUUGGAUUGGCUAAAGAUGCAUGGGAAGUUGCACGUGAUUCAUUAUUUCUGGAACAGAAGCUUGGUCAGGGGUGUUUCGCUGAAGUGUGGCGUGGUACGUGGAAUGGAAAUACUAAAGUGGCUAUCAAGACCCUGAAGCCUGGCACUAUGUCUCCAGAAUCCUUCUUAGAGGAAGCCCAAAUCAUGAAGAAGCUAAAACAUGACAAAUUGGUCCAGCUCUAUGCUGUGGUAUCUGAAGAACCUAUCUAUAUUGUCACGGAGUACAUGAGCAAAGGAAGUUUGCUAGAUUUCUUAAAAGAUGGAGAAGGAAGAGCUUUGAAGUUACCGAACUUAGUGGACAUGGCAGCCCAGGUGGCUGCAGGAAUGGCGUACAUCGAGCGAAUGAAUUACAUACACAGAGAUCUGCGGUCUGCAAACAUUCUGGUGGGAAAUGGCCUAAUAUGCAAGAUUGCCGACUUUGGAUUGGCAAGACUGAUUGAAGACAAUGAAUAUACAGCCAGACAAGGUGCAAAGUUUCCCAUUAAAUGGACAGCACCAGAAGCAGCAUUGUAUGGAAGGUUCACAAUAAAGUCGGAUGUGUGGUCUUUUGGCAUCCUACUGACAGAGCUGGUGACAAAAGGAAGAGUGCCAUACCCAGGCAUGAAUAACCGUGAAGUCUUGGAGCAAGUAGAACGUGGUUAUCGGAUGCCAUGUCCUCAGGACUGUCCCAUCUCCUUGCACGAGCUUAUGAUCCACUGCUGGAAAAAAGACCCAGAGGAGCGCCCAACUUUCGAAUAUUUGCAGGGUUUCCUUGAAGACUACUUCACUGCAACAGAACCCCAGUACCAGCCUGGCGACAACCUGUAAAUCCCUGGUCUCCAGACACUGUCAUGAAUUACCAGGUGUUUCUCAGCCCUGCCCCACCUGCCCUUCAGCUUCCAACUCCGUGAUCGGCUUCUCCAGAGAGCAGCAUCUUCCAGCACCGCCGUGCACAUGAGGGACUGAAGCUGGGAACUUCCACAGCCCUUGCCUAUGACCACUUGUCCUAAUAAUCUGAAUGUCCUGGAUGAAGAGGAGGAAAACAUGUGUUUUUUCUUAAUCAGAGACUCCAAAACUGCAUUGUAUUGAUGUUACGUAAACUGCAAAACCUCUGUUCAUUGUAAAUAGUAACUCAGUGCCAAUAACUGAUCCUAGUGCUUUCCUUUUUUUAAAACGCGAAACCUAUGUGAUUUUAACUAGUCUUCUCCUGAUUCAACUAAAAGUAUUAUUUUCCAGAAGUGGCCUCUUUGUCUAAAACAUUUUUUUUCAUGUUUUAACAAAUAAAAUAAAAUAAAAAAAAAAAAAUCAGGACAGGUGUUUGUUUUUUUGCUUUUUUAUAUAUAAAAUAUAUAUAAUAUAUAUACAUACCUGUACAUACAGUAUAUGGGUGCUAUUGCAGAGGAAACUCAUUUGCAAUUGAAUGAAUCCUGCUGCAGCAGUACCCAGAAAGCGAUAAUUUUACUGCAGACAUGAAAACACUGGUGGGAUUCUGAAAGCCAGUGAUCUAAUUUUUGGCUUUUGCCAAGCAUGAUUUUUUUAAAUUGGAUUGCACUUUUUGUUUAUGAUUAUGUACCUGUAGAUGGUUGUAACUUUGCUCUUUCAGGAAUCAUGUGCUGUAUUUACAGUAAUGUUUCCAAUGUUUGACAAGUGUGUGAUGAUUUGUUCUUGAAAUGGAAACAACCAUAUUUAAAGCAAGAAAACUACACCAUCACCGUUUGAACUGGAAAACUGAAACUGCAAGGACUUCUUGUAUCAAAACAUGUAUACUGAAGCGUUUCGAGAAGAUUUAUUAAACAGUGUAACCACAUUCAGAUGGUCUUAAAAUCAUAGCAUUUUAGCCAUGUCCACCUGCUAAAUUGUUGGUCAUGCAACUAGGAUUUUUCUGUUUUAUGUGUAACAUUUUUCCAUUGUAAAAUAAGUGUGUUAAAUGUCCUGUACUGCUAAUGAAAUUACUUUCUCUAUGUCUGCAAGUUCUCCAGUGGAAUUACUAUGCACUUCUUUACAUUUCAUGGAGGAUGCACAGAACAAAGUAUUACCUUUUCAGUUGUCUGUACCAGCCUUGAAUUACUUACAUUUAACCAAAAGAAAAGUUUUCCUUUCUAUUUCUAUUGAGUUUUUAAUACUGAGUUGCAAAUUUUAAAGUCUUAAUUACAUUUUGUUAUGGUUUAUUUGCAAGUUUACAUUUUAAAACUGUUUAACUUUCUUAAUUUAGUAAUUAAAAAAAAAAAAAGAGCAUUUUA